UCUAGGAAUCCGUUUUCUUAUCUCUACAAUGAAGGAAUUGGACUAGAUGAUUUCUGAAGACUUUUCUCUCCCAGAUCGGUUCAGCCACAAUUUUCCGCCUUGUCCAACCCUCUCCUCCCCAACCCCCACAACUCCACUAGUGGAUCCGCGAUUUCCUUAGACCGUAGCUGACUGAGCCAUCUGCUCUGCCGUAGUUCGCGGCAGCAACCCGGAAGUCCUGUGGGAAGCGGUAGAGGCAGGAUCAUGGCGCCGGACCCUUGGUUGUCUACUUAUGAUGCCACUUGUCAUAUUGCACAAGAAAUUGCUGAGAAAAUUCAACAGCGCAACCAGUGUGAAAGAAAUGGUGAAAGUACAACCAAGCUUACUGUUACAAUUCGAGCUUUGCUGCAGAAUUUGAAGGAAAAGAUCACCCUUUUGAGAGAAUUAUUGCUGAGAGCUGUGUCAACACACCAGAUAACACAGCUUGAAGGGGAUCGAAGACAGAACUUAUUGGAUGACCUUGUUACCCGUGAAAGGCUGCUUCAGGCCUCCUAUAAGAAUGAUGGUACAGAACCAGAUCUGAUCAGGUCCAGUCUGAUGACGAAAACAGCUAAUCGGGUUGUAAGUAAUCCAUGGUUCUUUGAGGAGUCAGAGGAGACAAGGGCCUUAGGCUUUGAUGACCUUCGACAACAACAGCAGAAAAUUAUUCAAGAACAAGAUGCUGGUCUUGAUGCUCUUUCCUCAAUUAUAAGUCGGCAGAAACAAAUGGGGCAAGAGAUUGGGAAUGAACUUGAUGAACAAAAUGAGAUAAUUGAUGAUCUUGCCAACCUGGUGGAGAACACAGAUGAAAGACUUUAUAACCAAACCAGACGUGUGAAAAUGGUAGACAAAAAGUCAACAUCUUGUGGAAUGAUAAUGGUGAUUGUAUUGCUGCUAAUUGCAAUUGUGGUAGUUGCUGUGUGGCCAACCAGCUAACAUGGAUUAAGAAACCAUUGCAGAUGAACCUUCUCAAUGAUGGAACCAAAUCCCAGAGAUGCCUUUGUUAUAUGAAACAAUGCUGUAAAUAAAUGAAACAAUAUUACAUAGA